AUGAAUUGGGCAAAGCUCUCCCAGCAAAAUUGUGCCAUGUUACUGUUAGACUUCGAGAAGGCCUACGAUCGUGUAGAAUGGAAUUUCAUCUCCAUGACUCUCGAAGAUUUUGGUUUUCCCACCAGAUUUUGUAAUCUUGUUAAAAUGAUGAUGAAUGAUGUCUUUGCCCAUAUUGAUAUCAACGGAUCCUUGUCUGAUGCUUUCCUGCUUGGGAGAUCCAUCAAACAGGGUUGCCCUUUAGCCCCUGCCCUCUUCGUGAUCUCCUCCGAAGCUUUCCACUAUAUUCUCAGAGAUCACUCUAUGUCCCCUGCUAUUAGAGGUAUCCGGCUCCCUAAUAAUGAGGAGCUCAUCACCAGUCAGUUUGCUGAUGACACCACUAUUUUCUUUGAGGCCCGUGACAGUAAUUUUGAAGCUCUCUAA